GUGGGAACGAGCCGGCUGGCUGGAGGGCGGGCCUGGCGGGCGGGCCGCGGGGGCCGGACGCGCCUUCCUGCGCUCCUGGGAGCCGGAGGCGGGACUCGAGGGCUCCGUCCGCGCCGCCCGCCUCUCCGGGCCCGGCGGACUCACGUGACCGAGGCGGGCUGUGGAACGGCGGGCCGCGCCGAGGCGGCGACCGCAGUCCGGGACGUAGCGGCCUGGUGAGGGACGGACGGCUUGGCCCUGUCGGACAGCCGCGGCGGAGGAGAAACAUGGCGGAGGCUUCGGCGGCCGGGGCGGACGCGGGCGCCACCGUAGCCGCGCACCGGUUUUUCUGCCACUUUUGCAAGGGCGAGGUCAGCCCUAAACUACCGGAAUAUAUUUGUCCCAGAUGUGAAUCAGGCUUUAUUGAAGAAGUGACUGAUGAUUCCAGUUUUUUAGGUGGUGGUGGCAGCCGGAUAGACAAUAGUACAUCCACACAUUUUGCAGAGCUUUGGGACCAUUUGAAUCACCCGAUGUUUUUGCAAGAGUUUAGACCAUUUCUAAGUAGCAAUCCACUGGACCAAGAUAAUAGAGCCAAUGAGAGAGGUCAGCAGACUCACACUGAAUUCUGGGGAACCAGUCGGCCUCCCCGGCUGCCAGUGACUCGGAGGUCUAGAUCCCGAGGCAGUACUCGUCCUGACCGAUCACCAGCUAUUGAAGGAAUAAUACAGCAGAUCUUUGCAGGAUUCCUUGCAAACUCUGCAAUUCCUGGAUCCCCACACCCUUUUUCCUGGAGCGGGAUGCUGCACUCCAACCCUGGGGACUAUGCCUGGGGUCAGACAGGGCUUGAUGCCAUUGUAACCCAGCUUUUAGGACAACUGGAAAACACAGGACCUCCCCCAGCUGACAAGGAAAAGAUUUCAUCUCUUCCAACAGUGACAGUAACUCAGGAACAAGUCGAUAUGGGUUUAGAAUGUCCAGUGUGCAAAGAAGAUUACACAGUUAAAGAGGAAGUUCGGCAGUUACCCUGCAAUCACUUCUUUCACAGCUGUUGUAUUGUGCCAUGGUUGGAACUGCAUGACACAUGUCCUGUGUGUAGGAAGAGUUUAAACGGUGAAGACUCUACUCGACAACCCCAGAGCUCUGAGGCUUCUGCAGGCAACAGGUUCAGCAGUGACAGCCAGCUACAUGACCGAUGGACUUUCUGAAACUGAGGAACACAUCUGAGCCGGGGCUGUGGUGGUCUGCUUAACCAUAGCUGCAGAUUGUAUCACAAAAAAAAACAAUAGAUGGAUUUAGGAGUCACAUAAGAAACCCCAACCCCUAUUAAUGCAAUGAGUGUUUUUCUUCUCUAAAUUUAAAGUUAGUAUCUACAGUUGAAAUUGUGUUUACACCAAAUGCCUCUUAUUCCUGAAUUCAGAGUGAUAAUUUUCUAAGUGUGAAAAUUAUGUGGGUUUUCCUUUCCUAAAUAGAUUCAGUUCCUAGCUAGGGGCCUGCUGCCUGUCAUGUCGCCUUGUAAUGGAUGUUCCUCUUUCCCAACCUCUGCUCCACCAUUAGUGUGUUUUAUGGAAUCAGAACCUUGAAGUCCUACCAAUAGAAGGUCCUUUUGUCUUAAUUGUACAUAGCAUUCAUUCUUGACCACAUUAGAUGCAAGGUGAGGUCAGAUUAAUUCAGGAAUCUAGACUGGGUAUUUUAUUUUGUCUUGAUCCUCUGAGAGCAAAUCAAAGAAAAAUUACAGUAAGAAGGGAAAAGUGGCUUAUUAUCAUACACUUGGGGUCUCAUAUUAAAUUUUAAAGACUUUCAGGAGAUACAGUUUUCCCAGGAACUGGCAUGAUUUAGGAGUCUUAGGUUGGUAGGGAUCUGAUUCUGGUUCCACCUGGGAAUUGAGUUGGAUAGCAUAUAGGUACAGGAAGAUAUAUAUGUUUGAAAUUCAUGGUUUUGAAAAUUUAAAAGAAAAUGAUCCCCAGUCAUUGUUUACUAUCUUUUUUUCCAAGGACCUUAAAAUAAUUUCGCUUAUAAAAACAGAAUUGUCAUUAUUCCUUUUACAGCUGUUUGUUUUUGGCUGCUCCAUGGUCUUUAGAAAUUGACAUUUUCAUUGCCUUAGUUUGAUUUUUUUUUAAGCCCAUUUUUCAUCUCUGAGGCUUUGUAGUUCUGCUUGCUUCUGGCUGUAUUUGGAGUAAUUGAUAUUAUCAUGCCCAGAGCAAUUUAACCUGGGGGAGAUAGGCUUUAUUUUUUUCAGCCUGACAAUGUCCCAUGCACAUGCUUUUUCAAGUAUUUGAGUGUUAGGAGUUGAAUAAAUGAAGAAGAUCAAGAAUACUGUUGGACCUCCCGAAUCUCCGAAGAAAGUGAUGGCAACAUGUAACAACUACUGAUGUCCCAAAAGGGUUGUUAAUGCGCAAAUGGGCAUCAUUUGUGUGGUCAGCCCAGCAUUACGUGAAUUGGA